GCGACGGCAGCAGCAGAAGUAACAACAGCAACAAGCUCGCUCACUGCUCGUGGUAUCCAGCAUUCCUCCCCGUCGCCUGUCUUGUCUGAGCCUUCUCUUUCGCGUCUCCACAUACCGGAAAAGCGGUACUUUGGAGUCCCCGCCUCGUUACUCCCGAUUUUGAUAGACCUAUAUUAUACUCACCUCUACAAUGCGUCCCUCCUAUUGUACAGGCCUUCCCUGACUCGAGCUCUCGAACUGGACACGAUCCGAACUGAUGUGCUGCUGAGUAUAUGCGCCUUGGCUUCCCGGUUCUACACGGACUCGAAAGGUGCGGCGGUCCUGCUUGACAGUCACUUUGAUCGCGAAUGGGCCGAGGCAGCGGGUCGGAUGGCUCUUCGCGAGGUGGAGUCCCCAAAAUCUGAGAAUGUCGUUGUGUUUCUCAACCUAGCUCUCUUCUGGUAUAGCCACGGCCAGUUUCGACGGUCGAAUAUGCUUACCGCAUGUACACGCUUAUUUAACUCGCAAUUAGGUUGUGCGUCAAACACCGCUUGGGUCCUGGGCGUUCCUCCUGACGAGAAAAGCAACGGGAGUUCUCUAGACUCCGAGAUGCAACGGCGACGAUUCUGGGCAUGCUACCUACAAUGCUCGUUCCAGGCUGACACACUCUUUCCGAAGAUACCUACAGAGGGCAUGCUGAACAUCAGACUUCCGUGUAGCGAGUCCGAGUUUCAACUGGGAAAUCCUCAAUCGAGUAUCACGUUAAAGGAUGUAGAGAGCACGCAGAGUAUUUAUGCCGAGCUGAUAAGGGCCAUGGCCCUGUGGUCAUCCGUCGUUCUUCUCAUCAAGCAAACGGGACUCUCCCUAGCAAGCCGUUUGGCCGAGAUGCAGACCCUGGAUGGGCGCAUUCACGAGGCCUGGUCAAAACUGGACCCGUGUUUCCAUUUGGAAUGCACGCGAAUGGAGGCAGUGCCCUCCCAUGAAUUACCAAAAUUACUUUUGUUGCAUGUGAUUUAUCAUCAAUGCCUCUGCUCCCUGCAUUCGUCCAUAGUCCCCCUCUUCUCCUGGAGUCCUUGUGAGGGUGUUUUUGCGUACGCGCAACAAUUAUCUGCACAAACGGCUUUUGAACACGCCAACUCUGUGUCGGCGCUUCUACGUGCCUCCUUGGAGCUAGAUUGGGACUGUCGAAGAAUGCCGAGUUUCAUCGGCUAUGCUGCCUACUCUGCUUGCGCUAUCCUGACUCCCUUCAUAUGGUGCUCGCAGCCAAAUGUCAGGCAGCGCGCGGUAUCUAGCAUUUUGGCCAGUUUGAAGACGCUACAGAUCCUUGGAAACCACUGGGCGUUUCUGGGAGUCUUGGGAAGGUUUGCCUGCGGUCUGUACAAGGUGCACGCGAGUGACCCAUUCCCACUGGCUGCGCGGCUUUCCAUUUUAACACACAAUUCGAUCAUCAUCAGCGAUCAAGGCUCAACCGCGCAGGGUACGGAUGACAUUGGGGACCUUGGACUUGACAAUGCGAACUCUCGAGAAUCCGGGCCGGCGGAAGAGAAUCUUGCUGGAUUUAUCGCUCAGAUAUCGAGUGAGGUCGGUGGUGCAGGUUGUGAGUUACCCAUUACGAUCAACCCGUUUCUACAUCUGGAGGCUGUCGGAUCUUCUCUUUUGGACGGCAGUUUCAACCAACCGAUGAUCGGGUCUGACAUGGCUCAAAUCGGGCAUAUUGAGGAUUGUAUUCUGGAGCUGCUGCGGCAUGAAGGUCUGUUACAGCAGGGAGCAUCAUGA